UGCGCAUGUCGCAGGUACACUCGUCGUGAGAAGUGUUCAGCAAUUCGAUUACGAUCACGUGAAUCGUGUGAUCGAGUAGUCGGGGAGUUCGAGAGUUCGUGUCGUCGUCGUCGUCGUCGUCGCCGCGUCCUCCUCGCGAUCUCUCGUCCCUUCUCUUCUCCCUCUACCGCCUCCUCCACCACCUCCUCUCCUCGCUGCGGCUUUUCUCGGUCGACCGGUCGACCGGUCGACUGGCUUCUCAAGGGGGCGUGCUUGCUCACAUACAACAAUGAGCGAACGCGAAACCAUCUAAGCACGAGGCGCAAACGAAUCGUUCGUUGUGUGGUUCGUGUGUGGCCCGGCCGGCCACUCCGCGACACUCAAUCGCCGACAAUCGCGGCGCGUAAGCCGCCGAGCAGAUAUCGGCACUGUGUAUGUGUGUGCAUGUGUGUAUCUCUCUCGUGGAUUCGAAGGGUAAGGGCCUGCCCGAGGAGCAUUCGGACGCGCGAGGUUGGAGGAUCGUGUGUCGCUUGGUCGGGGCUCAUCUCGCCUACGAGAAAAAUCUAAUGGAACAGCAAGGAAGGGACCGCGUGGUUUAAUGAGUCAAAGUUCCCCGAACGAUGUGCCAUGGCUUCAUCUUUAGGGGGGCCAGGAAUGACGUCGGGCGUCCCGUCGCCGCGAAUAGUCAACCUGGAAUUUCCCCCACCUCCACCCUAUCCACCGCCUCACAGUCAGAUAUCGUGCAACGCAUUAAUGGAACCGGUAUCGCCAGUGGUGGCACCCAUCACGAGUCCUCACCAACGUCCUCUUUUGGAUUAUUCAUAUGCUUACUACAAGCCUGAUUCGGGUCAUUAUCAUACCGUGUAUCCGACAGACGUGCUCACGCAGCAACAACAGCAACAACAGCAACAACAGCAAGAGCAGCAGCAGCAGCUGCAGCAGCUACGACAACCGCCACAACAGUUGCAGACGAUAAGAUCCGAUCCUUUGAAGAGGCAUACUUACACAACCUGCUAUGGCACGGAGGAAAACAUUUAUGAGGAGAUAUCAGAAAUCAGUAAGCAAUGCCAUCGCGCGCUGCACGGAUCGCGAAGGUCACUCGUGGCAGAGGAGGUGCGUCGCGUGCAAUCGCGACAUCGUCGUGUGCUCGGGGAACUUAACUUGAGCGUGGAAGCGAUGCUGAUGCCGACCGCGGUCGACAAUAACGAGGAACAAGUGGUGCAGGAAGCACGUGGAACCUCGACGGAGGAGUUGUUGCCUGCAGUAGGCCCCGCCGACGAUCUUCUCUCGCGCGUCGGAUGCGACAUGGAUAGCGGUUUCAGUGGGAGCUCCAGCGCGAGUUACAGAUCGGGCUUGGGAUCUUUAAGGAGAGGAAUGGGAAAAACGAGCGGUCCGGAACCAUCCAGUGUUCAGCGCAAAAUGAAGGCCGCCAUGAUUUGGAAGAAAGGCUGGAAAGGCUGGAAGAAACUCCAUUCCUUUGGAAAUAAUAGCAGCAGCAGCAGCAGCAGCAAAAUCAUCGAUGAGCCCCGUUCAAGGUGCAGAUCGUGGGAUGACGUAGGCCCGGGAAAAAUGGAAACCGUCAGCGGAAACUCGCACACGCAUCAUUCCUCGUUAGAGACAAGCAGGUCCAACACGUCGACGCAGUCCGCCAGAAGCGAGGACUCCUGGUGCUCAGCGUCGGAUCACGAUCUCUCCUCGGAUGACGAAAGUGAGAAGAGUAAUAUCAGUAUUAAAAGCAAUUGUCAAUUGAGAAACACGUUGCAUAAGGCGCGUACACUUUGCGACAAGUGGCGGUCUCAGAACAUGCCGGUGAACAAUGUGGACCUCCUGGAACCUUCGGGGAAUCACAGCCGCCUCUCGCGAUGGUUCAGCAUCCGCAGAGGCUCGUCGCAUCAUUACGACGUGGACACAUCGGAUACGGUGUCUCUGACCAAUCCGAUCAAAACGUCGCAAAUGCCGCAGCUCUGCGAAGUUGAUGAGGAGAACAGCGCGAUGGUUCAGUUUCAAUGUAUGCAACAACGAAGACAAGCACCGCCCACGCUCCCGUCGCCACCUCCGAACUUGUCUCCCCAACAAUUGAAACGUAGACACAUCGUGGCCGCGAUAGUACAUUCUGAAAAUAGCUACGUAUCUACUUUGCAGAGACUAGUAAAUGACUACAAAAAACCGCUGGAGGAAUCUUCACCACCUAUACUGAGCCAAUCAAAAAUAACGACGUUGUUUCAUAGACUGCCCGAAAUCUUACAAUGCCAUACGUUGUUUAGAAUCGCUCUGGCGGAGUGCGUACGAUCCUGGGACAAGGACGAGAAGUUAGGAGACGUGUUUGUCGCGAGUUUCAGCAAAGCUAUCGUACUUGACAUUUAUAGUGGCUUUAUAAACAACUUUUCCGUUGCGAUGGAUUUAGCUAAGCAAGAAUCAAAGAGGAAGACCGCGCUGGCUGACUUUUUCAAGGUGAAGCAAAUAAGCGCACAUGAUAGAUUAUCUUUCUUUGGAUUGAUGGUCAAACCUGUGCAGAGGUUCCCGCAAUUUAUUUUAUUUUUGCAAGAUUUAUUGAAACACACGCCACAAGGACACCAUGACAGAAUGUCUUUGCAAUUAGCGUUAACACAGCUUGAAAGCUUAGCAGAAAUGUUGAACGAAAGGAAACGAGAAGCGGAGCAAUUCCAAGCAUUUAAGGAAAUGCUGCGACAUGUUUCCGGAAAGUUAUCGCAUCGUCCGCUUUCUUCAGCGUCACGUUAUCUUAUUCGGGAAGAUAAUGUCACGCAAUUGGAAUUCAAUCAAAACGGCAUGAUAACAAAAUCUAAAAGAAGAAGGCUGUUACUAUUAAAUGACUUGGUAGUAUGCGUUUCUGUUACUCCGAGAUCCACGGAAGAUUUUUCAGGAAACGAACGACUGACGUUAAAAUGGACAUAUCCGGUAUCGGAUAUUGAAAUUCAAGACACUAGUACUUCUCCGACUUUAAGUCGAUUACUCACCGCUGGCCUGAAUAAAGGCGGCAGUUUGAGAUCAGACAAAAGCGGAGAAUGCGGACAAGCGGCCGAUGCGGACAGUCUCUGUGUAGAGAUGAACGAUCUUAUGCACGAUUACGAGGUGAUGUCCAGAAUAAGUGAUUUAGUGGUCCAGUUGAAGGGUAGAUACGAGGGGAUGACGCUUCAGACUACGAAGCAAAUUUUGCAAUCGAUACAAAUGUCGAUACAGCAGAAAGACGAGGACAUGGUGUGGGCCGAUAGUUGUUGCCUGCAACUAGUCACGAAGCAGGGCCAGAUGUACACGUUCCAAACUGAAAAUCCGCUGGUGAAGAAGGACUGGAUAACCGAGCUUAGAUUGGCGCAGCUGGCUUUGGAUCCCAAUAACUCUCCGUCGUGGGAAGUACCUGAACAAGAGCAGAGACCGUCCACGAAAAUGCCGCUUUUCGUUAGUUCACAAGCCGUGUAUCACUCGCAACAUCAGACCGAAGUACGUUGCGGUUGUUAUUAUUCCGUCGAAAAUUCGCGUCUCACGAGGCGACGCGGUAGAAGUCAGAAUUAUUUGUGGAUAUGCACAGGAGAUGGCAUAUCCAGCCACGUGACGGUCUUCGGCCAAUCGACAACAGCCUCGGCGACCUCUUUGAAACGUAUAACCACCUUCGAUCUGGUCGAAACUCGAGUGAGCGCCAUCGAGUUUGUGAAAGGGGUUUCCAGCGAUCUUACCACGCUCGCCAGUGAUCUCGUGUGGAUGGGCACGGAUUCUCGGAAAAUCAUAAUCUACGCUGCGACGGAGCCCGAGAAGGAGGAGGAGAUCGGCAGUUAUCCCGUCUCGGGACCCGUGACAGAAAUCAAGUAUCAUUGCGACAACGUGUUCGUCGCCUUGGGCACCGGCCUGCUGCUGCUCUUCAAGCGACAAGCCGACGGCACUUGGUCCUUCAAAGAUCCCUUCGCUAUCUCAUUCGGCAGCGAUCCCGUCUCUUGCUUAAUGCCGAUCAACACAUCGGUUUACGCCGCUUGUGGCAAGAAGGUGUGGGUACUUAACGCUACUUCGGGCGACAUCACCAAGAGCUUCAGCGUGCAGCACGAACACGUCGGCAAUGUGAAACUCAUGGCGCAUUCCGGCGUCGGUCUUUGGGUGGCCCUAAAAAAUUCAAGUACAGUCUGCCUCUAUCACACGGAAACGUUCAAACACUUACAAGACAUCAAUAUAGCGUCGAAUGUGCUGAGAGUGACGAAGAUGAACAGCCCCUCGAAUUCGUGCGGCAGCACUCUCGCUGUUAAUAAUCAAACCGCGGUGAUGGUCACCGCGCUGCUGGCGUGCAAGGGCCUACUGUGGGUCGGCACCAACGUGGGAAUCAGCUUGACGAUUCCGCUACCGCGUCUGGAAGGUUCUCUCAUGGUGUUGGAUACUCAGAAGUUUGCGCUCAGCGCGUUCCUCCGCGGUAAGAAGCCGGUCAUCGGAGACGGAGAGAUGUACGGCGGAAAUAACACGGCGAGGCCUUCGGAAAUCUUGAGAGGAGCUAAUCUUGCCGACAUCAGCGGGAAUCAUCUAGUCGAGAUGUUUGUACGACGAUAA